CUCCUCUCCGCUCAGCAGCAGAAGAUGUGUGGCUCCUCCGAGUGGGAGCCGCUUGUGUGCACGGAGCUCUGCAGAGCGGUCCGCUCUGACUGUCAGGUGUUCGUGAGCAGCUCUCCAUCACUCGGCCUCUCCAGCUGAAGUGCAGCCGCAGAAGAAACAAGCUCUUGUGGCUCUCGUCAAGCGUGCAGGCCAGCGAGAGAGGGAGACAGAGAGAGACAGAGAGAGAGAGAGAGAGACACGGACUGAAAGGGAGCCCGACAUGGACACGUGCGCCUGCGCUCUGGAGAUGUUGGGGAUGCUGGUCUACGUUGGAGCGUGGCUGUGCGCGCUGGCCACCACCAUCCUGCCGCAGUGGCUCACCAUGUCCACGGCGCUGCUGCCCGUGGAGAGCUACGAGCUGGGCUUGUGGGAGACCUGCGUGGUCCAGGAUGUCGGGGGCAUGGAGUGCAGGGCGUACGACAGCCUGCUGGGCCUCUCCAGCGACCUCAAGCUGGCCCGCGUCCUCAUGUGCGCGGCCCUCGCCGUCGGCAUCCUGGGAAUCCUGGUGGCCGUGCCCGGACUCCACCUGGUCAACAGCUGCAAGGAGCACGGCGGCCAUCGAACCAAAAGGACCCUCACCAUCACCGGCGGGGUGCUGGGGAUGACCUCCGGAGUGCUGUGCCUGAUCCCCGUGUCCUACAUGGCCCAUUUGGCCGUGGUGCACUUCUUCGACGACAAAGUGCCGGACGUGGUUCCCCGGUGGGAGUUCGGAGACGCCCUGUUCUGCGGCUGGGCUGCCGGGUUUCUCCUGAUCGUCGCCGGGAUGCUCAUGGUGGCGUCCUGCUCCUGCUCGCAGGCGGAGCCUCAGCCUGCGCAGCAGCGGAGGUACCAGGUGAUGGGUACGAACGCUAACCUCAGGAAGCGCACAGAAUACGUUUGAUGGCGGGACCGACGUCCGUAGAGACCGACGGCACAACGCAAUCGCCUGUAGACGUGCACUCGAAACUGCAUUCCGGCAACAAUGUAAAUAUGUUUUUAUAUCAAAGUGGUUGCUUUAUCAUGACGACACACCUUAUCUCAGCUUUUAAAUGACUCACCUGCACAAUCAAACUAUACAUCUUAAGAUGACCUGCUGUGAUCAGUAAAUAUGAAUAUAUUUUUUAAAAGUAUGUUUCAUAAAAAGGUUUUAAAUCCUUUAUUUUGGGAUUCUUUCAUUCACAAGUGCCAAAGAAAAGAAAGUAUUAUUCUUAGCUUGUUUUGAAAUGCUGUGAUUGUAAAUUAUUCUGAAGGCUAAUACAUGGAGAUUAGUUGUUGAAGCA